UCCGCCGCCGGAUCGCGUCGCGAGCGGACGUCUCGACACAAAAUAAAACCGCGUCCUCAGUGCGUUAUGGAUAUCGCGAGUUCGUAAAAAUCCGUGUAAUUUUUAAGUCGUGUUUUAUUUCGGUGUGCUAUGAUAUAGAAGUUCUUUUGUUUGUAAUUUAAUUUGGGAUUGUAACCGUUUCAAUGAUGGGCGUCAGUGGUUGUAUGAGCGUGAGGCAGGCUAGGGGCUCUUGCCAUUGUCCGGCGUGCCCUAGGGCUUCGGGCCAUGGUAUGCCUAUGCCCCCUCAGACGCUCGUGCUCCCCCCGAUGGCUUUAGAGCCUGAAACCACCCCCGUUAAGGAUAAGAAAGGAUCUAAGAUGAAGGUCCUGAAAAAGAUUAAGAAAAAGAUUGGAUUGGCCCCACGCACGGCCUGCACAGGAGGUACUCCGAACAACUUACCCCCCCUGGGUUUCCAUUCAGUCCAUGGUGAGAACAUCAGAGUCUCCCGGGAUGGGUCCAUGGCUCGGAGAGUGGAGUCCUUUUGCAAGGGUGUGGCGUUCAGCGCUAGGCCUGUUAGGGUUAAUGAGAAGGUCUGCCUUCGCUUCGUAGAAAUCUCAAACAGCUGGAGUGGGGUCAUUCGAUUCGGUUUCACAAACUACGACCCCGCGACUCUCGCGCACUCUCUCCCCAAGUACGCCUGCCCAGACCUCACGAACAAGCCCGGCUACUGGGCCAAGGCCCUCGGCGAAAGAUUCUGCGAAAAGGACAAUAUCUUAUACUACUACGUCAAUUCUUCAGGAGACGUCCAUUUCGGCAUGAAUGGAGAAGACAAAGGCCUUUUCUUCUCUGGCGUAGACACACGCAGCCCGUUAUGGGCCUUAGUCGAUGUUUACGGCAACUGCACAGCGGUACAAUUCGCCGAUCCAAGAGCUCCAAGCCAGAGGCGCCACAGUCCUGUCGAUGAAGAUAGAUUAGUUAGCAGCAUGAGGUCUUUGAACGUCGAGGAGUCGCUACCAGCCCCAAGAUACCAGAAUCCUUUAGCUCCGCUCAGUUUACACAGAACUAAGGGUAGAAAUGUACAGUGUGUUAAUGAUAGAGGAAUCGCAGCGAGAGCUGAUGCAGAAUUCUGCCAAGGAUAUGUAUUUACAGCGCGUCCUAUGCGCCCAGGACAGACCAUAGUUGUUCAAAUUCUGGCUACAGAAGCAGCGUAUGCUGGUAGUCUUGCUAUAGGCCUCACAUCUUGCGAUCCAGCGACUUUAAGGCCCUGUGAUUUACCAGAUGAUGCAGAGUUACUUCUAGACCGUCCCGAAUACUGGGUUGUCAGACGGGACGCUGCCAACGGUCUCCGAAGAGGCGAUGAAUUAGCCGUAACUUUGACACAAGACGGUGAAGUGAGAGUCAGCAGAAAUGGAUCCACUCCAGUCACAGUUAUGCAUGUUGAUCAUACUCUAAGAUUGUGGGCGUUUGUCGAUAUUUAUGGGGCUACGCAGAAAGUCAGGAUGCUGAGCACGCUUGUUGUACCCCAAACUCAGACCCCUCCUCAGCAGUUGAGGGUGUUGACAGGCUCUGCAGGGCCUAUUACUGCCGGGGCUGGUGGCACAGUCCUGGUGGUCAGCUUACCUCCUCAGAAUGGGGGACAGAACGCUGCUAACCAACAGAGCUUGACUCUUGCAAGCGCGCAUUAUAUUGAGCCGAUCCAGACAACCUCACAGCUCUGCCUAACCGGGUUACCCAUCAACCAGCCUUCAACCUGCAGCUACCAACCACCCCGACCUCGCGCCGACAACCAGUGCUCAUCAACCAGUCAGAACAACUUGAACGAGCAGGCUCAAAUACCCAACGGACAUAGCGAACCUUUGAGACUGGCUGAGAGGCUUCAAAACGGUCCUUCUACUAGCAGACAUCAACCUAUUUACUCUGUGAUCGGCGAAGGGGGUGCUACAGGGAAUCUGACAGGAGCUGAAUGUACUAUAUGCUAUGAGAAUCCUAUAGAUUCCGUUCUAUAUAUGUGUGGUCAUAUGUGUAUGUGUUAUAGAUGUGCAGUCCAACAAUGGAGGGGCAAAGGGGGCGGUCAAUGCCCCCUCUGUAGGGCACAAAUUAAAGAUGUAAUCCGCACGUACAAGUCCUGAUGUGCUUUUGCCAAAAUUUCUUUUGUAAUCCCAAAAAAAUCUCUGUAUAUAUCUGGUAGGUAGGUUAGGGAUAUUUUUUGUACUGAAUUCGAGUGAAAAAUCAAAAUGGUCGCGUCUUCAGUACAAAGAAAUAAUGAUUAGAAAUUAAUAAUAAUAUAUCAACAUUGAUUAAUUAAUAUAUAGAAAAACGGUUCAUUAAUGUCGGUUAUUUAUUCGAGUGUUGGAAAACAAAAUGGCGGCGGUGUGACGUAAGAUUAUGAUUGGUUAGCAUUUUUUUUUAUUGGCAACUUUUGCAGCAGAUAUCUAUGGUUUUACGAUGGUUUGGCGGGAAAUGGCAGCCAUAUUUCUUUGUAUUUUGACUGAUAAAACCGUUAUUUUUCUGACUUAAAGGUACCGUUGAAUGUACCUUUAGUGACAGAUUUUCUAAAAUAUGCCGCGAAAAAAUAAUUACUUGAUUCAAUUUUAAACACUAUUUUCACAGUGUUAAUGCGUUAAUUUUAUGACACUAUAAAUGACUACAAUAAUAUCUUCUUUUGCUAUAUAUUCUUUCUUAUAAUAUUCACUCUCUUAACUUUCUUUAUUUUUUAUAUUGGUUUCCACUACUGUCCGUACCGGGAUAAAAUGUAGCCUAUGUUACUCGGGAAGAGUGUAGCUUUCCAAAAGAGAAAGUUCCUUUUAAUUACAUUUUAUUUAAAAUUACACAUUGACACUGUUUUCUUAUAAAAUGAGGGUUUUGAAGAAAGUAAACAAUUUGACAUUUUAUAUGAAGAAAUAGAUUAUAAAUUAAUAAUAUAAAAUCACUUUCAACAUAGGAAUUUGGUUAACCGCAGUACGGAAAAUAAUAUUUCAUAUGACUAAGAUAAAAACGUAUACUCUAAUAAUAAUAAUUAGAGAUUUGAAAUCUUUGAAAAAAGGAUAAAAAUUCAAAUUUAGAAUGUUGAUUAGUUUUCGUUUUUUCAACUAUUAAAGUGAAAUAAAGCCCCACUAGUAUCCCGUUUCGCGAGGCUAAGUUGUAAAUAAGAACAUAGUUAUGCUAGUAUAAGUAGUAGGUUCCUAGUGAAAAGAAACAUUUUAAAAUUGAAGCUAUAUUAUAGCUUUCGUUUCUGUGUAGCACUGCCUAAGUUUGUGUCCUUAGAAAUGAGAAUAAUUCACCAUCUUCGGAACAUAAAAGUUUCGUAAAUGCCGCCAAUAGAUGGCGUUGUUCUCAAUUUCAAAUUAAGGACAUGAAACUUUAAGAAAAUAUUAAAGAACGAUUGUAAUGUACGUCCAUGACACUAUUGUAAGCAUUUAAUUAAUAAUCAUAUCAUAAUCUUUAAUUAUUAAUCCGCGGUUAAGUGAGAAACAGUGGCGAGGUGAAUUUAAAUGUUUUUUGAACGGAAUUUUACUGAAAAUAUGUUACAUAUUAGCAGAUUACCAUACUGAAAAUUUUCACAUCAUUUUUCAUACAAUCCAUCCAUAUUAUUCCUACUACAUUACAUACUUCCAUACAAAUAUAACAAUAGAUUUAAUUAUAUUAAAAUUGCUAAACGUAAUUUCUGUCUCUUAUGUAUGAAGAACUCAAAGAAAUAAGACGCUAAAUCGAUGUUUUUUCAAAGGGAGUUCCUAAAAAUGCCUCCAAAUGAUUUUCUUAACAUAUACGCGAAUUUUCUUAUAUUAUAUAUCCAUAUGAUAGUAAUAUUUAUUUCAGAGCAAAAUGUGAACGAUCGAAAAUUUAGCUUUAAUCAGCCGGUAGAUCUACCAAAGCUACCAUGCUGGGUUGCCAGUGUUAAAUUUCUCUGAUCGUUGGUAGAAAAUUAUGAGGACGCAUUUUUUUAUAAAGACAAUAGACAUUGCUGAGCUUUAAGUAUGUAAAACUUAGAUUUUUUCUUUAGUAAAUUCUGAUUUUGGUAAUAGUCUCGCCUAGAUAGUGAAAGUAGACGACUUAGCAGUCUAAAAAUUAAAAAUGUAUACUUACUGUUAAAAUUGAUGAAAAGUAAUUGUUUUUUUUGGAAACUUGGGUCCGUAUUACAAAAUUAUAUUCAAGCGUCAAGCCUUAAGUACCAGUUUUGGUCUCCAAAACUAAUUUUCAAAACGCCUUAGUCUCGAAUAUUUUUUUUUUGUAUUACGGAUCCAAGUUGACACGAGUGUUUAUAAACAGAUUUCAUGUGACUUUUUUUGUCGUUUCAAGUAGAUAUAAUGACAUCAAUUCUUUGCAUUUCAUGUCUGUCAGUCAUUGGCUGUCAUUUGUACAUCUUUGGCAGUCGUAACUGGCUGUCAGAAGCAUGGAAGUCUGACUACCAGUCUUACUAAAGAGUAUUGGUUUUCUCGGGUAACUGGGUUGAGGAGAUCAGAUAGGCAGUCGCUCCUUGUAAAACACUGGUACUCAGCUGCAUUUGUUUAGUCUGGAAGCCGACCCCAACAUAGUUGGGAACAAGCUAGGCAGAUGAUGAAUUCUUUGUAUAUCAUUCCUUGUAUGCUCAACUUUCUCUAAGCAAUUUUUAACAUAUCAUUUUUUAUACAAUUGCAUACUUUCUGUUUUAUUGAAAAAAUGUGCUGUCGAUUAACAGUGGUUAUAAGACUAAAAAGGAAAAAUUAGGUUUCUAUUUUCUUUUGACUAAACUCAAAUGAGUGUCAAUUUGACUUUGUAAUACUAAUGCAUUUAUUUGUAACAAAAACAUAUCUUUUUUUUAUGUUUCAGUAAUAUAUUUGACUGAAUCUUUAUUCAAGUUUUGCUCUCCUAUCUGACUAUUAUGAUUGAUAUCACUUGAGUGUGCCAAUUUUCAGUCCAGAAAACGUUGAAAAAAACUUAUUUUUUUUGUAAACACGAGCAAAACUUGUAAUUUUUCUUGUAUAUAGUAACAGUUUCUUGAUUACCAAUACAUAAACCAAAACUGUAAGCCAGUUGUCAUUCAAUAUAACUUUAAUUUAUGAAAUAACUCGUACUUGUAUAACCUGACGUUUUUUUUUUGUUAAUAUAACAUGAAGCAUUAUGUUUGUUGUGAAAUCAUAACUUAAGCAUAUAAGUCAUUUAAAGCUAGUUUUUUCAAUACUUUGUCUUAUGUUUCUAGAACUUCCUAGUACAAUGGAUUAGGUUUAAAAAAAAUUAUUAAGUAAGAUUAAUUUUUUAACGUUAAAAAAAGGGGAAAUUUCACAACAAACACAGCGUAACUUUAGACUUUAUUUAUUUAUUCAUAAGACCUUUUUUUACAUGACAUAAUUUAAUACCAAAAUAAAGGUGACCAGUUUAAAAAUGUAGACAGUUAUCGAAGCCAAAUCUUGUAGUGUUUAGUGGAUAAUGUAUAUAAUGCGUGAAUGGAAAUGUUAGGGUGCGACUGACAAGGUUUUGUCCAAAAAGUAUUUAAUCACAAGCUUUCAUAGACAAUUUUUAAGGUGCUCGAAAAAGAAUUUGCUGAGAAACACGGCUGUAGCUGUAUGACAUUUCAAGGUUCACCUACAAUACAAACGUCCGAUUUUUUCUGAAAACAAUUACUUUGAAAAUUGAACUUAUGUUGUCGAUGUACUUGGGCCUGAAAUUAGUAUUUCAUAUCUUUUUCCAGCACUUUAAUUUGUUACAGCAGUAACUCUUUUUGAUACUGUUAUUUAGUUAUUGUUAAAAAAAAUAUGAAUAUUCAAUACAAUUAUUUUUUGACAAAAAGCAUCGUUCUUAGAAUGUUCAGUAAGUUCGAUAUUUUUAGCCAAUUUCAAUAUACAUUUUCCUGAACAAAAAAUCAUCAGUCGCACACUAAGGCCCUAAGUUUCCUGACAAUGUAAACGUGAGUGUUUUUUAAAACAAUUGUUUACUAUGACAUUUCAUAUUAAAUUUUCGACCAAAUAGUUGUUUUGACGUUUAUGCUGUCAACGAACUUCGGCCAAGUAAGACCAAGUGGUAUGUGAUAAUGUGAUUCUUUCAAAUAUUCUUUUAAAAUCUUGGUCAUGUACAGCGUUGUCAUCUAGUCUUUAGUAAUUUAUUUUUCAUUUUUUUUUAUUAGUUAUUAUUAUUUUUUGUGAAAAACAAGCACUCUGUAACGACGUUGGAGUUUAGAUUAAGUUUGAAAUAAAAAUGGUUAUCGAACA